AUGAAGUCUCGUUUCUGUAGAAUUCAAGCGAAGACCAGGGAGCUCCGAGAGCGACAGGCCCGAGAGCGAGACUACGCUGAGAUCCAGGACAUCAACCGAACCUUCAGCUCGGACGAGGAGCACACCUACGCCGGGAUCGGCUCUCUGGACUCGUCCCUGGACAGCAGCAUGGACCUGAGCCAUAACCCCGGCCCAGAGCGGCCCCAGAGCCCCCGAGACCAGGCCCUGCCUUUAGAGGCUCUGUACGCACAGGUCAACAAGCCCCGCAACGGACGCCCGCCGUCGGCAGACAGCAACCGGCUGGCACCCAGCAACCAUGACCGGAUACAGCGACUACGACAAGAGUUCCAGCAAGCCAAGCAGGAGGAGGAACCAGAUGACCGUCGUCGAUCCUACAGCUUUCAACAACAACAGAGGGUGAGCAUGCAAGACUACUGGAUAAACCUCAGCUUAACAUGUGCACCCUUAUCCUGACCCUUAAAGCUUCCCA